CGAAGCAAGUAGUCGUCGAUUAUCUAGGCACUGAGCAUUAUCUGCUAAGAUUUAGGCUUAUUGCUAUGGGUAUCUCGAGGCUAUCAUGAUUGAAGACGAUACCUACAGAGCGUCGUCACAAUAUCGCCUCUGGUCAUACACUAGACAAACCCUCGCUCAGAUACGCCAAACCACCAACAACCUCGCGUCCGAACGUGUCAAAGCUGCGUUCCGGAGAGUGCAGGCUGCGAAAUCAACUGAAAAUGGAUCACUUUCCGAUCGCGAAAACGUUGACCAGGCCCCGGUCGACGUGCAGACCUUGACAGUCGAUGAGGAGUUGAAGAUCGUGGAAUGGGGUUGCUCAAAAAUCCAAGAUAUGGGUGAGGCUAUGAAUCCUCGCAUACCAUCAAAUGUCGUGGCUACGGCAAUUCAAUAUCUCCGCCGCUUCUAUCUUACAAAUUCGCCCAUGACGUAUAAUCCAAAGCAGAUUAUCACCUGCGCUCUCUACCUGGCCACGAAAGCGGACCAUUUUUACAUUUCGUUGUCCAAGUUUGUGGCAGAGCUGGAAGAUUUGACUGAAGACGACGUCAAAGCUCCAGAGUUCCUGCUACUACAAGGUCUCCGAUUUACGCUCGAUGUCCGUCAUCCCAUGAAAGGCCUGGCAGGGGGCCAUAUCGAGAUGAACGUGAUGGCCGAGGAAGGUCGACUCGGAACGAUAUCGACUUCGACAGGCUCGACGAAGAGGAUAGGCCAGGCUGCUGACCUCGCGAAGAAGUUACUGGCCACUGCUGCUCAGAUGACAGAUGCGUAUUUCCUCUUUACGCCCAGUCAAAUUUGGCUAGCUGCCAUGAUGGUCGCGGAUAGAGAACUUGUUGAGGUAUAUCUGCAGCAGAAACUGUCCCAGCUGCCGAUCAACGAUGCUGCCACGGGGUGGAAGGAGAAACUCGUGUCAACCAUUUCCGCCUGUGCUGCACUACUUGAAUCGUACCGGUCACCUGAAGACGAUUCCACUCAGCGUAAGGAGAUUAGACGGAUUGGAAAGAAAUUGGUCAUCUGUCAGAACCCCGAGAAAACAGAUAUUGUUGCUGCGACAAGGGCCAAGGCUGCCGAGAAGAGAGAGGGAGAUGGUAGUGAUGCGGAAAAGGCGCUCAAGAAGCGAAAACUAGAGAGGGAGAGACUGGAGGGGGACGGUAGUGUCUUUGGUCCAGACCUGAGAGACAUAUCUACAUGAUUACAGUGGAAGGUCUCUUAGCCCAGAGAACAUCAAGCAGACCGGGGCGGGGAAUGGCAGAGGCUUUUCCCUCAGUCCUGUCUGUAUCCAUAAUGAUGGCAAAAGGCAUUCUCUUCUUA